CUCCAAUCCGCCAGGCCCAUAAAAUAAACCCGCUGCGCAUUUUCAGAAACCGCCUACCAAGACUCCACGCUGCCAAAAUCCUCGUCCUGUCGAACCUCAAACCACCACGAUCCCCUCGACACGGGCCUGAAUUUUAAAUUCGAGCGCGGCACACAAUGCUCUCCCGAGUAAUCCGAAGGAGGCUCGCCUCCACCAUCCGCCAGCACACACAGCGUCCUGGAGCCCAGCGACGAUGGCUGACCCCUGCACCCAAAGUUGGUGAUGGACCGCUCAUGUCCCGUCGUUCGGACCGCGAGCUUCCCGAUAUCAAAGACGGCUUCCGCUGGGGCCGCACGCUACCCGCCUUCCUGCUCGUCGUAGCCGCCUGCUCCGUCGCCAUCUUCAACUACCAGAAAUCCUCGUCCCCCGUGGUAUCAGCGACCCUCUACGCCCUGCGAACGUCCCCCAAGGCACGCGCUGUGCUGGGCGACGAAAUAUACUUCAAGCACCAGAUCCCGUGGAUCGGCGGCGGCAUGAACCAGAUGCAGGGCACGAUCGACAUCAACUUCUCGGUGCGAGGCACAAAGGGAACCGCCGUUAUGCGCUUUGCCAGCAGAAGACCGACCGUCAAGGGAAUGUUCGAGACUCACGAAUGGAGUCUGAAGACAGAGGACGGCCAAUGGAUUGACUUGCUUGAGGGUGCUGACCCUUUCAAGGCGCUCCUUGGCGACGAUGACAUGGACGACGACUUUAGCGUCGAGGAUAACACGAGAGGAUACAGACAACAAGGAUCUCUCAACCGAUAAAACAUCUUGCCAGGCAGCUUACAGGUGAGAGGAAAGGAGCCAUCUUGUUUCCCAAAAGCAAAACAAGAAUUAGGCCUGCUUGGAGCCGCGGGAUGGCACGAGUAGGAAUUGUACAGUAGUAUUUGUAUGACAUGUGUAUAUCUAAAAUUACAAAAAGUCCGCUUCAAAGAUCAUCAUCUCUUUUCCCUGGGACAUUCGAUCAAACGCUGUUAUGCAUUUCUUUUGUUUUUCUUCCACUCUAAGCCUCGGCGUGGCCUCUGCGCUCCUCCUUGAGCUCCAUGUGUCGUUCUCUAGCCUGCUGCAGCUUCUCCUCAGCACCAGGGUGUCUCUCCUUGAGAUCAGCCAACGCGGCCUCACGGAAUGGUGUCGAGGGCGCCUUGCGCUUCUUGGCGUCCUGGAUCUUGACGAGUCUGCCCUUGGGGCCAGGCACGGCACCACUGACGAGGAUGACGCCGAGCUCGUUGUCGACCUUGAUGAUCUUGAGGUUCUGAACAGUCGACCAUUCGUUGCCCAUGCGGCCAGGCAUCUUCUUGCCGGGCAACACGCGACUACCACUGCCUUGUGAGGGACCAGUGGUACCGAUUGUUCGGUGGUUCUUGGAGUUACCGUGCGACGCCUCUUGACCCGCGAAGCCGUGGCGCUUCAUACCACCGGCGAAACCCAUACCUCGCGACUUGGCGCGCACGUCUACGUACUGGCCCUUCUUGAACCAAUCGGGCAGCAAUUGUGCGCCGACAGGCAACAGGCCAGACUCGUCGCGGACCUUGAACUCGGAGAGCUGACUCUUGGGUGCAAUGCCCUUUGCCUCGUAGUAUCCCAGCAUCGGGCUCGAUACGACGUGGCUGUUUUUGCUUCCCAGGCCGACCUGAACGGCCCAGUAUCCAUUUGCUUGUCGGGUCUUGUUGGCAAUGACCUGGACUUGGUCCAUUUGCAGCACGGUGCAGGGGACCUUGAUCUUUCCGACAAAGACACUGGUCAUACCCUUCUUCAGGGCCAGGACGCCAGUGCGCAGCGGUGUGGUUCCUUCUCUUCUCUUCAGGGCAGCGGCAGGACCUGUUGUCAAGACGGGCAGGCCAGCGUUGGGCUGAUUGAAUCGGUUGUGUUUCGAUCGUGGCGGCGCUGUCGACCAUCCGUAUUUUACACCGCGUUGGGGGAUCAGGGGCAGAAUUAAUCGGCGUCCGGUAUCCGGGCGGGCCGGCGUGACCCUAGGAAUGGCCAAUCGAAUUGGCAGACGAGGCGGCAUCGUCGAAUUGUGAUUGUGGUAGUUGAAGUAUUAGAAGAACCGUCCCAGGGUUAAGCGUCUCCUUGCGCUGGUGGAUAGUUUUUCGACGGCGAAGGAGGGUCACGUGAGGGAUACUAAGAUGCUGCAAGAGCAACAACAAUAUUGGCAUAAUUGCCCUAGGAACAUUUAAAUAAAAUGAAAUAAAAAGUUUUAAUACUUUUAUACAUGCUUAUAAACUAUUAGGUCUUUAAAUAUUUUCACCAGCUAUGUUUUGUGCAGUGUCUGAGACUGAUAACAUGGCUAACCAACGAGCUCAAUCGUCUUGUAGCUUGGCUAUUAAUAACCACAUUUUAUAUUAUACAGUGGUUCCUGGGUAAAUAAGAAUAUGGUAUAGUAUAAUAUAGAGCUUAUGCUCCAGGACCUCUUCCACCAAUGCCACUGCCCAUUUGGUUCACGCUGGUGCCCUUCAACUUGUGAUCCCCAGGCUGGGGAGCAGCUUCAUACAGAAUAUUCGACGGUGCCUUGCCCAGUUUUGUCCACUCUCCCUUGAAUCCGACGUAGCUAAUACGUGAGACGUCUUCUUCGCCGUCGGAAAAGUUGUCCACGAAAAACAGAUCGAGACGCUGUACGCGCGCAAACAGCGCUCGCUUGACGGGGAUUUCUUGGACGUCAGAAGUCUGGGAGAGCUCAAAUUCUUGAACGGGGUCCGAUUCUUCGGCAGCAGCAAAGUCAAGAUUGUCCUGGUUGGUGAAUACGCGAAGAGUCUUGGGAGCUGACGGCGAAGCAGACGUGCGGAUCAGAAUAGAGUGAAGUUUGACUUGAGCAGUGAAACUGUACGACAUGUGGUUUAUCAGUAAAGGAACUGUCAUGAAGAUAAAUAUUAAAACCAUUGUUUACAGAUGUAACGCACGGGACGGUCAUUAGUAGCUGCUCGUCAGCAUCACUCGCCACCUCUGGCUCUGGCGUUAGCCUUUCGACCCAUGUCUUCUUGACAAUGGCUUUUCCAGAGUUGCUAUGUGAUUCGUUGAGUGUUACGAUUUCAUCAAAGUUGAUUUGUUCGUAAAGAGAUGCUUGGAGCGCUGGUGUGAUGUCGUCAGAGUGAUCAUGCUCAUGAUCGUGGUCGUGAGAAUGGCCAUGGCCAGCAUGUUCGUCGUGACAAUGCGACAUUAUAACGGCGAUUUUCUCGAUACAAAGAUAUGAAAAAAUGCCAGACGUGGCUCUUAUAGACACCUCCUGUCGUAAAUGUCGUUAGGCGUAAGGCAAACGUGG